AUGGACAACCAAAUCACGGAGCAGCGCAGCAGCAGCGAUUCUCAAGACGACCAACAAUCAGAUGAGUCUAUUCAAAGUGUUGUUCCAACCAUUUCAAUAUCUGAUUUAUCUCAUAAUGCACAUUGCAGCAAGGACAUUCCGAAACCUAUAUACCCUCAAUCAUACCAAUCAAGAACUUCAUCAAGCACUGGAGAGUUCAAGCCUACACUCACGUGCGAGGAGUUGAAUGGGUUGGAACGAACUAUCAACGCGGAUUGGAAGGAGAUGCUCGACGUUCAUACAAGUUUAAGCGACGAGUUAAAUCCAACUCAAGAGGACAUCAUCAAAGAAUCCUUCCAGAGCGCAACAGUCCUGAAGAGAGAGUGUCUCAGGAUGAUCUUUCGUCUAAAUGGAGAGUUGCAGAGAAAAUCAGCUCAGAGCAACUCAACCUCAUCAAGUCAGUUACAUCAAUUAAAGCGCAUCAGCUUACCUCCAUUCGAUGGGAGGCACUCAGAAUGGGAACAAUUCAGUGACCUGUUUCAGUCAUUGGUAGGAAAGGAUCAAUCCAUCCCGCCAGUGCAGAAGCUGGUUCGACUGAAAGAAGCCCUGAGGGGAACAGCUGCUAGUCUCAUAUCUACCUUCACAGUUACUGACGAUAAUUACGAGAAAGCUUGGGAGAAGCUCGUGAGGAAGUACGAGGAUCCCAGAUUGAUCGCUCAAGCUCUAUUCAAUCGAAUCCUCAAUCUUCCAAAAAUCAGCAAGGCAACUGAGGAGAGCCUCAGCUCCAAUUCAGCAGCCGCUCUGGAGACAAUGGACCAGCUUGUAGCCAUGACUGGUCUAUCCAAGGAGCAGCUUAUCGAACAGAUGAUCGUACAUCUACUCAGGAAGUCGCUGGACACUGAGACAUUAAGAGCCUGGGAGCUGUAUGUGGGCAGCUCUAAGGAUUUUCCUACCUUGCAAGAAGUCACUAGCUUCGUUGACUCUUGCGGUAGAGGUAUCAACGCUGGCUCUAAGCUACAUGCAAACACAGAGAAAAAUCAUCAGAGUACAUCAGCAAUGCAUCAUCGAAAGAAGAGCGCUCUCGUCGUGGCGAGUGCUCAGAAAGAGCCAGGACAAACCCCAAAGGAUUUUUCAAAGGACAACUGUGCCUUCUGCAAGGAGGCACACUUCAUCUCCAGCUGUCCUAAAUUCAUCGAUCUAUCACCUGAGAAGAGGAAUGAGGUGGUGGCCAGCAAAAGGCUGUGUUUCAAUUGUCUUGGACCACAUCUGUUCUCCAAAUGUAAGAGCAGCAAGACUUGUUACACCUGCAAGAGAAGACACCACACCCUCAUUCACGGCGGAAACUCCUACACUGGAAGUGGAGGGGCCGAACGAAGACUUUCCACAGCAGGAGACCAACCAAUCGCCGGACCCUCGCAUAACGGAAUAGCACGAGAAAAUUCAUCAACAUCAAUCAUCAAUGAGAAGAUCAGUGAGCCAACGGAGAAAAUCAUCGAGGAAGGUAUCAAGAAUCAGGAAAUCAGCCAGCAGAGCAGUCAUCAUUCUUCAGGAGAUCAUCAGCACGUACUGCUUGCAACAGCACAAGCCAAAGCUUAUUCAGCAAAGGGCUAUUCACUCCUAGCAAGGAUACUAAUCGAUCAAGGCUCAGAGCUAUCAUUCGUCUCUGACUCUUUAGUGCAUCAGCUUCAACUUCAACGGAGGUCAUCAUCAAUAGAAAUAGCAGGAAUAGGAGGAAUCAAUUCAGGUCGCACGAGAGAAGUCGUUUCAAUACUUCUCCAGGCAGUUCAUGCCACGCAACAAAUUCAAAUCCACGCACAUAUUUUAAAGAAGCUAACCGCAAGACUGCCAUCGUUCUCGUGUUCGACAACCGGGAUCAACCACUUCCGAGGUCUUCAGCUAGCUGAUCCUGGCUAUCUUACACCUGGUCCAAUAGACAUCAUCAUAGGGGCGGACAUCUACGGGCGGAUCAUCGAAAACAGAGUCGUCAAGCCCAAACAAACUCACCUAGUUGGCCAACAAACGAUUUUCGGUUGGAUAAUAACCGGGCCAAUCGAGAAUCAAGGUUGUUCACCGAGAGUAUCCCUAACGGCCGUAAGGAACUCAUCGAACGAACAACUAUUAGAGCUAUUGCAAAAAUUCUGGACCCAGGAGGAGUUACCAUAUAACUCACAUCAAGAGCUAUCACCAGAGGAAAUCGAGUGCGAAGAAUUCUUUAAACGUACACACUGCAGAGAUAUCAAAGGACGGUACAUAGUGAGACUACCCUUAAGGACAUCAGCAAAGGUGCUAGGAGAAUCGAGAUUCAUUGCCUCAAGGCAACUCCAAUCAGUCACAAGGCGCCUCAAAUCAAACGAGGCCUACGCCAAACUCUACGCAGAAUUCAUCGAGGAGUACGAGUCACUUGGACACAUGAGGAAAUCAGCGGAGAGCACAGCACCCGCAAUAGCUUAUUAUCUACCGCAUCAUGGGGUUCUGCGCACAGACGCAACCACAACAAAGUUAAGAGUUGUGUUCAAUGGAUCAAGUCCAAGUUCAUCGGGGUUGUCGCUGAACGACAUCCUCUACCCUGGUGAAAAAGUUCAGGUUGACACAAUGAACGUGCUGACCUGGCUUAGAAGACAUCGGUUCACAUUUGGAACGGACAUCGUGAAGAUGUUCAGACAAAUAGCAGUGCAUGAAGACGAUUGGGAUCUACAAAGGAUUCUGUGGCUUAACAAGAAUCAUGAGCUCAUCAUCUAUAGACUUACCACAGUAACCUAUGGACUCAAUUGCUCUCCAUGGCUCUCACUUCGAGUCCUUCAACAAUUAGCCGAAGACGAAGGACAUCGCUAUCCAGCCGCAGUCGAGACUCUCACCAAAGGCCGUUAUGUAGAUGACAUUUACGGCGGAGCAGACACAGUACAUCAGCUUAAAGAAAUCGCUUGGCAGCUACAAGGUCUCUGCGAAGCAGGAGGAUUUCCUCUACAGAAGUGGAAUACCAACUGCCCAACGGCGCUGGAAGAUUUAGGUUUAUCAACUAAUUCAUCACCUAUCCAAUUCGAGGAGUCUAUUACUAAGGUGCUCGGACUGUGCUGGCACCAAUCGAGUGACACAUUUCGUUACAAAUCCAAGGAGUUCACCUCACAGACCUUUACUAAGAGAUCAGUGCUAUCAGAGAUAGCCCAACUAUUCGAUCCAUUAGGAUUUCUAGCUCCAGUCGUCGUACGAGGCAAGAUGAUGAUCCAGGACUUAUGGAGACUCAAAAUCAAUUGGGAUGAAUCACUUCCUCAGGAGUACGUUCGAAAAUGGAGAAACUUCAGAGAAAAUAUCAAUGAACUAGAGAAGAUAUCUGUACCCAGAUGGCUGAGAAUCUCAUCAAACACAUCUGGCAUCGAGAUUCACGGAUUUGCAGAUGCAUCAACCGUUGCAAUGAGUGCAGUGGUGUAUAUCCGUUGCAAGGAGAUCAACAAACCAGCAUCAGUGACAAUGGUCUGCGCUAAAACAAAGGUGGCGCCUCUCAAACGUAUGACCAUCCCCAGACUCGAGUUAACCGCAGCUGUACUGCUCACUCAGCUAGUGGUCACAACGCAGAAGAUGCUGGAAUUAACAGACGAGAAAAUUCACCUAUGGUCUGAUUCAGCAGUAGCACUGGCUUGGAUCAGGAGCCACUCAUCACGAUGGAAGGACUUCGUUCAAAAUCGAGAAAAUCCAGCUGACUGCGCCUCCAGGGGAAUAACAACGAGGGAAUUAUCAGAGCAUAAACUAUGGUGGUCAGGACCCGAGUGGCUAACUCAAGAGAAUGACCACUGGCCAUCAUCACCAAUCGACAUUCCAGAGGAAGCAGCAAUAGAAGCAAGAGCAACUCCAGCUCAUCCAGCAACAGCAAUGCAGGUUAAAGAAAUUGCGGCAAUCCUCAAUAAAUACUCAACACUAGAGAAAGUCCUACAAGUAUCAGCCACAAUAAGUAGGGCAAUCAAGAGAUUUAGAAGAGAAGAGGUCCCCCAGUCACCUGUCCUUACAACUCAAGAGCUCAACGAGGCCAGGAUAUUCUGGGUAAAAUUAACACAAACUCAAUAUUUUGCCUCUGCUUACAGGAUACUUGUGAGAGAUCAACAACUGCCAAAAAAUCAUCCAAUGGCUAAGUUGACGCCAAUAAUCAAUGAAGAGGGCAUCAUCAGACUUGGUGGCCGCCUCAAAAACUCUCUAUUAGACCCUGACGAGAUUCAUCCAGUUAUUCUACCUCGUCAGUCUCGCCUCACCACAUUAAUUAUCGAAGAAGCUCAUCGGAGAACCCUGCAUGGCGGCACUCAACUAACACUAGCCUACACCCGCCAGAAAUAUUGGAUCAUCGGAGGACGAGGAACGGUACGCGCGUAUAGUUUACGCUGCGCCAUUUGCACCAGGCACCGAGCAAGAAGGGCGCAGCAACAGAUGGGCCAGCUACCAGCCGUAAGAGUAUCUCCGACGAGAGCGUUUCUCCACACGGGAGUGGACUACGCAGGACCCCUUCCCAUCCUCAAAUGGCGACCCACAAACGCUCAACCCUCACGGGUACAUAUUGCAGUAUUUGUGUGUUUUAGUACAUCAGCAGUCCAUUUGGAGUUGGUUACAAGGGAAACGGUAGAGGGAUUCAUCGGAGCCUAUAAGCGAUUCACCGGAAGGAGAGGUAUCCCAACGGUCAUGUACAGUGACAACGCAACAACGUUCACCGGAACGUCCAAGGUCCUCACCAGGCUCUACAAUCAGCAGACCGAAGAAAAUCAGCAAAUCCAAGCUGCCCUCGCCACGAAUGGGAGCCAGUGGAGCUUUUCACCGCCUAGAGCCCCCCAUUUCGGUAGAAAAUGGGAGGCAGCCGUUAAAUCGACGAAGCAUCAUCUAAAGAGAGUCCUCGGGCCAUCGACAUACACAUAUGAGGAACUCAAUAGCGUCCUGGUUCCGAUAGAAGCCUGUCUGAACUCCAGGCCAAUCACCCUAAUGUCGGAUGACCCAGAGGACCUACAAGCGCUCACCCCAGGACACUUCCUGAUCGGUGAGCCUCUGCAACUAGUUCCAGAGCCAUCACUAGUCAAUGAGAAUCCUAUCAAGCUGCAGAGAUGGAAUCUAGUCACGCAGAAGGUCCAACAAUUCUGGGCCAGGUGGUCCAGAGGAUGCCUUCAAAGAUACCAGGCCAUCUACAAGUGGAAUCAACGGAGAGAAAACAUCAAGGUCGGGGACAUGGUUCUCAUGGUAGAUGAGGACUAUCAACCCGCACAAUGGCCAAUAGCAAGAGUUAUAGCUGUUCAUCCAGGAGCUGACAGUUUAACAAGAAUAGCAACUGUCAGAACAUCAAGAGCAGUCGUUCCAACAAAUCAGAACGGCACACCCAUCAUCGAGAGAGUUAGCAGUACGAGUACGACGUUCAAGAGACCUAUCGCCAAGCUCUGUCUCUUACCGACGGAUCCACCACCAGCAGAAACUCCUCCAGAAGAUGAGCCAGAGCCAGAGCCAGAGUUAAUCGACGAGUAA